AUCUGGUUGUGUGUGGAUGGGGUGAUGGGAGCCAUGGGGAGCAUCCUGGCUGUCCAGGCACAGGACCCAUGGGGCAACCCUGGGCUGUGUCCCUGCUCCGCUGAGCCUCUCUGGACCGGCUGCUGUGGGCUGUGUGCACCCCAGCUCCCUGCACCCACCGUGGGGGUCCCAGGCAGUGGAGGGGGGGCAGUGGGUCUCUUUAAGAGGGUUCAGGACUGGGGAGGUGAGCCAGGGCCACCAGAAAGCAGGAAGGUGAGCUCAUGGCAAAGCUGCCCCAGUCAUGUGGAGCAGCCACAGCUGUCGGUGCUCUUGGGUCGUGGGACAGAGGGGCCGGCGGCAUAAAGCGUCGUGGCCAGCGGAGCUGCUGGGAACCGGGGCUGGGGGCUCUCUGCCUGUGGGGGUGAGGAGCAGAGGCUGCAUCCCGCACGGGGCUGUGCACUGCAGGCAGACAUGGAGCUGGACGUGCAACGGGCCAAGGAGCUCAUCGAGCAGAAGCUGGCAGAGGAGGAGGAAGAGGAGAAGGAGAAGCGACACAAAGGCGAUGGCGCACGGGAGCCACCAGCCGUGGAGCGGAUGAACACACCUGAGCUGGAGGAGGAGAAACGCCAUGGCUUCAGGAACCGGGGCCUUGAGGCCAUCAAGGGCCAGGAGCGGGUGCGGAGGAGCUCGGUGGACCUGCGGCGGGAGAUCAUUGACGUGGGGAGCAUCCAGCGCCUCAUCGAGCUCCGCAAGCAGCGCCGGCAACGCCGGGAGGAGCGGGUGGCCACCCCCGAGCCCCCCCCGCCGCCGGAGUCCUUGGAGAUCGAGGGUCCCGUGGAGCCGGAGACCUUCCUGCGAGCCGCCGUGCAGGGCAAAAUGCACAUCAUCGAGAAGUUCCUGGCAGACGGUGGCUCCCCCAACACGUGUGAUGAGUUCCACCGCACGGCCCUGCACCGCUCCUCGCUGGAGGGACACACGGAUAUCCUGCAGAAGCUGCUGGACAGCGGGGCCACCGUUGACUUCAGGGACCGGCUGGACUGCACUGCCGUGCACUGGGCCUGCCGGGGUGGGCACCUGGACGCUGUGAAGCUGCUGCAGGACCGAGGGGCAGACCUCAAUGUGAGGGACAAGGUGUGCAGGGCUGUGCCGGGGUACAGGCAUGCUCCAGGGGAUGAGGGAUGGCCCUGUGUUGUGUUAGCAGGGGUGGGUGCUGAUUCCCUCUGGUGUCCAUCUCCUUCUCCUCUCAAGCUGCUCAGCACCCCCCUCCACGUGGCCACCCGGACCGGGCACCCUGACAUCGUGGAGCACCUCAUCCACUGCGGGGUGGACAUCAAUUCCCCAGACAGGGAAGGCGACACGGCGCUGCAUGACGCCACACGGCUCAGCCGCUACAAGAUCAUCAAAAUGCUGCUCCUGCACGGGGCAGACAUGAUGGCCAAGAACCAGGCUGGCAAGACCCCGACGGACCUGGUGCAGCAGUGGCAGGUGGACACGCGCCAGGCGCUGGAGACCAAGGAGCAGCCACAGGACGGGACAGAGGUUCCUGCGUGACAGCGCCAGGCAGGAACCAGGGACCGGGCUCGGCUCCAACAAGCAGGAUCCAACCGAGACUUUUCCGUGUCAAUAAAAGCCAGCAAAGAGCAGCGUUUGUCUCCAUGGGGCUGGGGAAGC